AUGUUUCUCACGCGCAUGGCCGCCUUGGCCAUCAUCACGACCGGCGCCCUUAAUCUAGCACCCUCUGUAGCCGCCGCUGCCAUCAAGGGUACAGGAUCUCUUUCUUCAUCUGAGUUCAUGCAAGAGACCGUCCUCCGCGACAUGAUUACCGACUCUGCUGUUGGACAUGCUAUGCAGCGCCGCGACGCAGUUCAUCGUUGCUACGAGCCUGCCUCGGAAGUUGGCCUAGUCCCCUCUGCUGAUGACUGUCUUGACGCGAUCAAGCAACUUCGAACCGUGCAGGGUGACAUCACGGUCAAACUAGUUGAGGGAUGCUACCACGCAGUAUCCGGCAACUGCACCGCCUCCGUCUGCCCCCAGCGCAUCGGCACCUCGACUAUCUCCCCUGCGCUCGCGGCUCAGUAUCUAUCGGACUCCGUGAUGAGUGAGUGCAUUUCGAAGGGUCACCGCGGCUGGCUAACCCACCCAUUCCCCCAGAAUAAAGACAGCUGCUACACGUACGUACACAUGCAGCGCCCGCGCGACGCCGACAUGUUCGAGGACUUCUGCAAGGACAAGCUACCCGACGACGACAUCUACGUGCCGCCACAUCACCAGCCCAUAAACCCCGAGGACGAGGACGACGUCGUGCCCGACCAGCAUGCCGCCUUCGGUAUACAGAAAGCUACCCAGCGCAGCAGGGAGGCUGCUUGGAAGGACCUGGGGCUUGCUGAGCUCAUGGGCAAGGGGCCUGCGGUGGGGAAGUCGGGCGGCGUAGGUCGAGCUUCGUAUAAGGGACUACCGCGAUGA